GAGGAAACGCAACCACAGUUCACCUAUUUGAGCGAAACAAUCAACUAAUAUCGGCAAACUGACCAAUAUGAAUCCUUUGAGCACUAUUUGCCUAGUGGCAUGCCUUUUGGUUGCUGCCUGUGCUGUUCCAAGCCAAUCGAUGAAGGGACAUGGCAAUUCAUUGAGUAACAAGUUGAAGCCAAGUGAAUGGUUGUCGGUGUCAGAUUUGGAAAAUUUGCCCUCAGUUGAUGAAGUCACUAUCCAGCAGUUGGAGAACAUGCCUAGCGAGGAAGGUGCAGAAUUAGUUAAUAGCCUCUAUCACUUGUCACAAAUUUCCCGCGAUUUAGAACCAAGCUUUGCUCCCAGUGCCAAUGACAUUCCAACAUACAUUGUAAAAGCCAAUGGCCAAAAGGAACAGAUCACAUUGAAUCAACUCGUUCAAAAAGCUAAACAACAGGAUAACUUUGGUGAUGAGGAAGUGAUUGUAUUCAUUACUGGCUUACCACAAACCUCACAGACUGUUUCCAAAGCUAAUAGGAAGUUGGUUCAAGCUUUCGUACAACGUUACAGUGGCCAACAGCAGCAACAACAAAGUGACUACGAUAAGAACCAACGCUCUUCCAGCGAAGAAGACUCCAACGAAUCACAAAAGAACAGCAAUAAGAACAAAGGCAACAUUGUCGUAAUUGACUUGGGUUCCCAAUUGACUAACUUGAAACGCAUUGCCAUGCUCGAUAUUGCUCGUACUGGUGGUAUGAUCGGCAAAAUCUUAGUGCAAUUAACCAACGAAAAUGAUGUAUCUGAAGAAACCGUACAUAUCAUUGGACAAGGUAUUGCUGCUCAUGUUGCCGGUGAAGCUGGCCGUCAAUACUCACGUUUAACUGGACACAAAUUGCGCCGCAUCACUGGUUUGGAUCCCUCAAAAAUUUAUGCUAAACAACCAAAUACUUUAGUUGGAUUAGCACGCGGUGAUGCAGAUUUUGUUGAUGCUAUCCACACCUCUGCUUAUGGUUUAGGUACUCAAACUCGCUCUGGUGAUGCUGACUUUUAUCCCAAUGGUCCUAACGUAAAUGUACCCGGUGCUAAAAAUAUUGUUAAAGCCUCCAUGCGUGCUACACGUUAUUUUGCUGAAUCAGUACGUCCAGGAAAUGGACGCAACUUCCCUGCAGUUCCAGCUAAUUCACUCAACCAAUACAAGAACAAUAAUGGUUAUGGUCCUCGCGCUUAUAUGGGUAUUAAAACCGAUUUCGACGCACAAGGUGACUACAUUCUUCAAGUGAAUCCCAAGAGCCCAUUCGGUCGCAGUGCUCCAGCAGAGAAACAAACCUAUCAUGCUGCUCAUCAACCAUGGUCUCAAAUGAAAUCUCAAUAAACUACUUGAUAUGGAACAAUAUGGGUUUAUGAUAAUUGAAAAGUAAUUUCUGUUGAACAGAAAUAUCAUCGAAGCUUUAAAAUUCAUUACCGAAAUUUUUGUUGAUCUAUCAUUUCAUGUUACUGACUUCAUAUAAUUUUUAGCUAGAAAAAUACAUUUGCAAGUUUACAAAAUAAA